AUGUGGCAGGAGAGAAGGACCACAGUGCAUAUCUAUCUGAACAACUGUUUGAUGCACAGCUUACCCCUCUUGGUUGGCAACAGGACAAUGCAAACAGCAGUUGGUGCUUUUGGGGGUGAAGGUUCAGGUUCAGGUUCAGGUGAUGGGAAUCCACUAAUGGCACAAAAUACAGGCAAAAGCAACCGGCCUGCAAUUUCAAGUCUAAAUUCUCCUCCAUUCAUCGCUGUUGAGCUUUGUCGAGAGCAUUUGGGUGUUCAUCCAUGUGACAGGAGGAGAAGUAUAAGUGAAUACAAGCCCAUGUUCCCAGCAAUUGAUUUUUCUUUGAUAGAAAACGAGGGGGAUGUUUUGUGGACGCCUGAUACAAGAGAAAAGAAUGAGGAUGUUGCAGCCAGGGGGGUGAAGUUUAUGAAAUGGUUGUUGACUCGGGAAGAGAAGGAGAUUGCAGUUGUGACCCAUAGUGGUUUCUUGUUUCAUACACUUGCUGCAUAUGGAGAUGAUUGCCAUCCCACGUUGAAGAAGGAAAUGUCUAAACAGUUAGAAGCAAGAAUAUACUUUCAUCCAUAUGUUUAUUAUAGCAUCCAACUUUCAUUUCUUCCAUCGCACAUGUUAGGAUCAAACGCUUCAAAAACAGACUUUCCUGGCAAAAUUCCUAGCGGUACUGAUGUCCCGAGUGAUGCUGUUUAGUAGUACCCUCCCCUUGGCUGCAUUUGGUAUUUUUUUUUUUUAUGCAAAUUAAAAAAAUUAGAUGCUAGGCAGGAAGGAUUACAGAAAAAUCAGAAGAGAUAUACGAUGAUGUCUAGUGAAGUUGUUACUAUUAUCCUCUAUGUCUAUACACUCGGUAUCAUGUUAGACUUGAGCAAUGUUUUA